AUGAAUGUUAUAUGCUCUAUAUGUUCUAUAUGCAACGAUCAGUUAAUGCAAUCAGAUGAUAUUUUUUAUACACGAUGUGGACACGUAUUUCAUUUGCAUUGUUUAACACCAUGGCUCGAAAGAUCAAAAAGCUGCCCACAAUGCAGAGAGAAAGUUACACAAAGCAGAAUACACAGACUUUAUUUCACAUUUUCAAAUAAUGAAAUUAUUGAAUCUCAAGGUUCCUCAUUACAAGAAAAAGUAGACAGCUUGAAGUUCAAAAUUUUGUUAAAAGAAAAAGACAUUCAACAUUACUCUUCAAAAUGUGUUACUUUAGAAAAACAAAAUGUUGGUCUAAAACAAGAAGUACGAAAAGUAGAAGGUGAACUUAAUCAAAAAAUUGCAGCUAUAUAUGCUCUAAAAGAACAAAUAACUUACUUCCAAGAACAGAGUUCACACUGUAAUAAUUUGAAAAAAGAAAUUGCUCAAUUAAAAAGUAAAAUUGAAGAUCUCAGACCAAUACAAGUAUUAUUGCAUGCUCCUAUUAGUGAUGUUAGUAAAAUGGUUGGAAAAAAUAAAGAUCCUGAAACACUUAUGACAUACAUUUCUGUUAUGAAAAAAGAAUUAAUUGAAAGUUUUAGUAAAUGUAAACAAUUACGUAUAACUAUCAAAAAGCUUCAAGAAGAGCUUAGUAAAGGCAAUACAAAAUUGGAUACCUUGUUGUCAAAACAAAUGAACUUAGAAGAAAAAGUAGUAUUUUCUGAAAGCAAAAACAUGGCAUUACAAAAACGUGUUGAUGAAUUAGAAGAAAUACUUGGUAUUAAUGAAAAAUCUAAUAGUAUAUCUGAGGUUCAAAAAACAGAAAGUAAAAAUAAUGUUUCUAAUGAAAGUGCAGUUGACAAAACGUUAAAAAAAGAUGAUCAAGACAUGUCAAGUAAAAGUCCUAUAUUAAGUCAAGCUACUAAAAGAAAAAUUGAGAAGAGACAUGAUCAAUCAGAAGAUGAUAUAACCAUUUCAAAUAUUUAUGAUAAUAAAUUAUCAAAUUAUACUAUACCAAAGAAAAAA